CCCCUUAGCUGCAAGCGGGAGCUGGAGACUGGGAGACCAGAUGGAGGGCCCUGCCUGAUCAAAUCCUCCUGUUCCUGACGAGUGACAAGAAAUUACACAACAACACAUGGCACACGGGCUAUUUGUGUAUGCCAGGGAGAUUAAGUAGACUGAGGAAAUAUGCAGGGCUUUGGACAAUGGCUUCCUCAAUCGCAGAGCGCAGCCGAUCUUUAUUUCUCAGGUAUUAUGUCUUCUCAGUUGGACACUUCCAUAGAGAUGCAGACUAGAAAUACUGCAGUUGCAGUGUUGGAGGACGAGUCUGCUCAUUCGUUUGGCAUUACAAGUGCUGCUGGGCCAAUUGAAGUCACUAGAAAUGAUGCCGGGACAAUUAUAGACAAUGAAAAUGUUGCUGAACCGACUGGAGGUAUUGACUUGAACAAGACCCCACCACCGAAGGCUAAGAGGAAAAAGCACAGGCCAAAGGUCCUGAAACCAUCAAAGCCUCCUAAGUCUGCAACCCCAAAGCCUUCCAAGGCAAAGGAGGAAAAACCAUCUGGUAAAAGAAAGUAUGUCCGUAAGAAUGCGCCAGCAGGCCAACCUCCCUCAGAACAGACUGCCGAGUCACAUCGCAAAGCUGCCCUGAAACCCGCUAAGCGGUCUUUGAACUUUGAGGGGGAAGUUCCACAAGAGAACACACAUCCUGGAUCCCAAGCUCAAGUGGUAUCUUGUGAUCCCAAGGACUAUCAACCAUCCAUGCCUUCUACCGGUCAAAGAAAUGUCCAAAGCCAGUUGACAUGCCAUUUGGAUUUUACCAGCAGUUCAAUGUACAGUUCAGCCAAUCAGAUGGCUGAUACACAGCUAUUGCCUGCAGAUAAUAUGAAAACAUCAAUUCACAGUUCAGCCAAUCAGAUGGCUAAUGCACAGUUUUUGCCUGCACAUAAUAUGCCAAAAGGAGUAUUAUUUGACCUCAAUAGUUCGAUGAAUCAGAUACAGAAUGAGUAUGCUAAUUUUUUGGAUGGGCCUGCGCAAUUUUUUCAGUCUGGAAUAACAGAAACAUUACAAACAAAUCCUUUGCUAGAGCUCUGUGCUGGCAUGCCAGAUAAAAAUUUACCUGAUCUCAACAGUUCAAUCACUCUAAUGCAGGGCAUGUCAACUAAUUUUACCGAAUACUUGCUUUCAUCAUCACAAGCUUCUGUAAGAGAAACACAUAUGGGCAAACAGAUGCCUAAUUGUCAAAGAAUGCCAGAAAAUCCAGUUACACCUGCUCAGUGUUUUGAAGGGGUUGCAGCGAGGGAAAACUUCAAUCUUAAUUCUUGUUUAAGAGAAGGAGGGGUAACCAACCAAAUAUGUCAUGGCUACAGAUCGACACAAAGCCCAAUCCCACCUCCCAAGCAAAUUGAAGGGCAUUCUGCAAUGGAAAAUUUGAAUGGACUUGGAACAAUAAGUGACUACUUAAAGUUUACCACCAGUCCUAGUCCUUACAGGCAAACAGGUGGUGCACUUGGACUUCAUGGUUCACACAGCUCGUCACAUGUGCAUGCACUGGACACCAGAGAACACAAUGCUUCCAAUGGUGCCCAUAUUCCAUUAGGUAUGAAUCUUGACCAGCAGAGGAAUGGAUGGGCAUCUGUAGAUGCGUGCCAUGCUGCACCCUCUCAGGGGUCAUAUUUUCCUGAAACCUACAAAAGAAUGAGAACAGAUAAUUAUAGUAAAUGCCUGAAUGGAGCUGUGGGCAACACAUCCACCCCAACUAUGUAUUUGUCAAACAAUCGGAAUACAAAUGUGGUUUCAGCUAUCAACUCUAAUGUGUUUACCCUAGCUGAUGCUCAAAGACUGAUAGCCCGUGAGAAAUCACGAGCUUCCCGAGGAAUGAUUAGUUUUGGAGGAUCAGGAUACAAUAUGGUUAAAAGACCGGAAAUGAUCGAAGAACAUUAUAGACCUGCUAUCCAUGGCACUGCAUGCAGUGAUUCUGUUGAAGCACCUGAUAAACAUUUCAGACACAUAACAGAAAAAAUUACACAGGUGCCUAGUAAUCCAAACACCCUGCAAAGUCAAAACUGUAGUCCGAGAAUUGGAAGUCAUCAACCACAGUUUUGGGAAGGCAACACGAUUGAAGUGUCAGAUUUGCCUGUUGAACAGCAUAAUCAGAGCACUGCCCCUCAGGAUGAUACUCGGAAUAGUUUCUGCAUUGGUCCUUCCGACGAGCUUGUCAGAAGCAUCAAUGGUGAAAUUUCUAGGUUUCCUGUCACUCCAACAGGCCAAUCAACAGGUAACAACACUAUGAAAAAGUUUGAUUUCCAACUGGAGACUUCUGGAGAAGUUAUUAUGCCCCUUACCAGUCCAAGAAAUUCAUCACCGGGUACUGAUGUUCUGAGAAAUGAGGAUCAUCAAGUGGAGGUUUGUGGAGAAACUACUGUAGCUAAACCCAGUGAGAAGCGAAAAGCAGGACGACCCCGAAAAGAGAUAAAACCUGGUGAGAAUCCAAAGCCUAGAGGUCGUCCAAGGAAGCAAAAGGUGGUUGGUGCAGAACUUGCAUCCAAAGGUAGCCAUACUGAUCCAUGGCCAAAUGAAGAUAUUUCUGUUAUCUCUGGACCUCAUGCGGGAGUGUCUCCUGGUUCCAAAGGGAUUAAUACGGAACGAAGCGGAGAAAGUUUUCCUGGAGCUAUAGCACCUCCAGUGGAUCCUUUGGAUCUCAUAAUUCAAAAGAUAAAAAUCUUAGACAUAAACAAAUCAGAUGACACUGGGUCAGCUGAGCCGCAUGGUGCUCUUGUCCCUUACAAAGGAGAAUUUGGUGCAAUUAUUCCAUACGAGGGGAAAGGGAAAAGAAAAUAUGCUCGGGCCAAAGUGAACCUUGAUCCAGUAACUGCUCUAAUGUGGAAGUUAUUAAUGGAACCAGAUAUGGUUGAUGGUUCCGAAGGCAUGGAUAAGGACAAAGAGAAAUGGCUUGAAGAAGAAAGGAAAAUAUUCCGAGGACGUAUUGAUUCGUUCAUUGCUCGCAUGCAUCUAGUUCAAGGAGAUCGUCGUUUCUCUCCCUGGAAAGGAUCAGUUGUGGAUUCAGUAGUGGGUGUUUUUCUCACCCAGAAUGUUUCAGACCAUCUUUCCAGCUCUGCGUUUAUGGCUCUCGCUGCAAAAUUUCCUGCAAAGCCAGAAGUCUCUAAAAUAUCUGCAGAUAGGAUGUUUCACACAGCAUCAGAGAACGUUGGUUGUUCUGGAUUGUUUGGUGAUUCUGUCAAAUUGCCGGGUGGUAUUCUUGUUGAAGAGGCAAGUAACACAACAGGCUCCUUAGUUACAACAGAAGAAAAGGAAGGAAGCAACAGUUCUGGGUUGUUUGGAAAUUCUCCUGGAGAUGGAGUAGACUGUACAGCAGGGGUUUAUUAUAAUUCUUAUGGGACACUGCCGGUUAGGCUGCAUGAGGGCAAGACACCGGCUGUGGGGACUGAAAGCGUUGUUGAAGUCGAAGAUGGGGCACUGGAGGACGUUGUUUCAUCACAGAACUCUGCUAUUUCAUCUCAAAGUUCCCCUGACUAUCUGUUUCACAUGACUGAUCAUAUGUUCCCAAGCACAUUGCUAAAUUUUACAGCAGAAGACUUUGUUGGCAGAAAUAUGGCCAAUGGUACAAGCAAUUCAACCACAUACACAGAACUUCUGAAGAUGCAAGAGCUAAAGAGCAAGCCUAAUGAAAAGGAAUAUGAUGGAGUUCCAAUACAAUGUACAAACAGGGGGUCAAUCCCCAGUGAAGUACAUAACCUUAACAGCAAGACUCAACCUCUUCAUGCUUCUGGCUCUUAUCACCAGAAUGGCCGAGCUCAUCUCCCAGAUAUAACAUUUUCCAGUGACUUAGAGCACUCAGUAUACACUGGCCUUAAUAGAACAGAUGAUUCCAGGGUCACACCAGCUGAGAUCAGAUAUGACUGUUCUUUAUCUUCUCCUGGAAUUGACAGUGAAAAUAGAUCUCAAACGACUGAUUCUUUAACUGCCCUUCUAUACGGUAUAGAUGGAUCCUUAAGUCAGGACAAAAUCCCUUUCCCUUCCAUGGCGACGCAAGGAGCUGACUCGAUUUCAACAUUUAUGGAUAAAUAUUUUCAUCCAUCAAGUUCAGAGACGGCGUCAUUUGCUAGGGAGCAAUUGUCCUGUGAAAAUAAUCUUCAAAGAAAUGAUGUUGUAGCUGCAUUUGUGAAACAGCAUGAAACUUUGAAUCUGCAAGAGGAAUGUACUGCCAGAGCAAAGCAAAUUGGAGGUGAAAAUUGUCAGUCAGGAUGUAGCCAACAGUAUGGCAAUGUUGGACUUUCAUCAAACAUGGAUGGGAGUCAUUGUUCCUCAAACUUAUAUCAAAAUGAAAAAGCAAAUUCUGAACUCCUAGAGAAGGUUGCUUCAGACUCGAUAGAGAAACCCAAAGAUACUAAUAAGGCUUUACCUGAAGUUCCUGCUGACAGAUCAAAAGCAAAGAAGGCAAGGGCUGGUAAAAAGAGAACAUAUGAUUGGGAUAUUUUAAGAAAAGAAGUUCUUGCCAGUCGAGGAAAUGAAGAAAGAGGUGAGAAUGCAAAGGAUGCACUUGAUUGGGAAACAAUAAGGCAAAUAGAUGUGAAGGAAAUAUCUAACGCAAUUAGAGAGCGAGGAAUGAACAACAUGCUCUCAGAGCGAAUACAAGAUUUUCUAAACCGGGUGGUGAGAGACCAUGGGAGCAUUGACCUUGAAUGGUUGCGAUAUGUCGAUCCAGACAAAGCAAAGGAGUACCUCUUAAGCAUUAGAGGUCUUGGACUGAAAAGUGUAGAGUGUGUGCGUCUUUUGACACUCCAUCAUAUGGCUUUCCCUGUGGACACAAACGUUGGUAGGAUUUGCGUGAGGCUGGGAUGGGUGCCACUUCAACCCCUACCUGAGUCUCUUCAGUUGCAUCUGUUGGAGCUGUAUCCGAUGCUGGAGAACAUACAGAAAUACCUCUGGCCUCGAUUAUGCAAGCUUGAUCAACGGACAUUGUACGAGCUUCACUAUCAAAUGAUAACGUUUGGAAAGGUAUUUUGUACAAAAAGUAAGCCAAAUUGCAAUGCAUGCCCAAUGAGAGCUGAAUGCAAGCACUUUGCGAGUGCAUUUGCAAGUGCUAGACUUGCUCUUCCUGGACCUGAAGAGAAGAGUUUGGUUACGUCAGGAAACCCAAUUGCUUCAGGGAGCUGCCAGCAGCCAUACAUAAGUUCUAUGCGCUUAAAUCAACUUGACUGGAAUGCAAAUGCCCAUGACCAUAUUCUGGACAAUCGCCAGCCAAUCAUUGAGGAGCCAGCAAGUCCUGAACCAGAACCAGAGACUGCAGAGAUGAGAGAGAGUGCCAUAGAGGAUAUUUUUCUUGAUGAUCCUGAAGAAAUUCCUACAAUCAAGCUUAAUUUCGAGGAGUUUGCACAGAAUCUCAAGAAUUAUAUGCAAGUCAAUAACAUUGAAAUGGAAGAUGCUGAUAUGUCAAGUGCCUUGGUUGCCAUAACUCCAGAAGCUGCAUCUAUCCCAACUCCUAGGCUCAAGAAUGUUAGUCGCCUAAGAACAGAGCAUCAAGUCUAUGAACUGCCGGACUCGCAUCCACUUCUGGAAGGAUAUGACCAAAGAGAGCCUGAUGAUCCUUGCCCGUAUCUACUCUCUAUAUGGACCCCAGGUGAAACAGCUCAGUCAAUUGAUGCACCCAAGACAGCAUGCAACUCCAAUGAGAGUGGUAAACUAUGUGACAGCAGUGCAUGCUUCAGUUGCAACAGUAUGCGAGAGGCGCAGGCUCAAACAGUCAGAGGAACAAUUUUGGUACCGUGUCGAACAGCUAUGAGAGGAAGCUUUCCACUUAAUGGGACAUAUUUCCAAGUAAAUGAGGUAUUUGCUGAUCACGACUCAAGCCGAAACCCAGUUGAUGUUCCGAGGAGAUGGAUAUGGGACCUCCCUAGGAGAACAGUUUACUUCGGAACUUCAGUUCCUUCAAUCUUUAAAGGUUUAACAACUGAAGACAUACAGCAGUGCUUCUGGAGAGGAUUUGUUUGUGUGAGGGGCUUUGAUAGGACAUCAAGAGCACCAAGACCACUCUAUGCAAGGCUUCACUUUCCAGCAAGCAAAAUUACCAGGAAUAAAAAGGGCGCAGCUUCUGCAGGCACAGAUGAUGCAUAGCCCGUCGAGGAAAUAAAAAAAAACCGAGUUACAUAGAAGACCCUGCCAGAAGAUCACUGACAUGAAAAUGGAUCACUGACUAAUAAGUUGUUGUCACCAGUUCAACCAUCUUUUAGCCUUUCGUAUCUGCGAACGUUAUGAAUGCCAGCCACUCAUUUGUGAAGCUGGCGUUGUUCAGCAACAUGAUCCAUUACUACACAGAUUUAUGCUCAUUUGGUUCCCUCCAAGGAGUUCGAUACAGCAAAUGGGGAGGGGAGGAAGUAUGCUGUCUGGGCCAUUCUGUUUGUUGUUUCAUGGGAUUUGAACCAACUGUUGUACAUUGGAGACGUCAUCCAUUCAAAGUUGUUCAUGUUGUUCGGUAGUUCAUGUAAACGUUGUCAGAUUAUUUGUCAAUUAUUUGAUUGUUUCAUUGAGGAGGCCAUUUCGCUCUCUUAA